AUGCUUCUUCUGUUUCAGAAGCAACUUCAAUUGACCAAAAAAAAUAAUUCUUCAGUAUCAUCAUCAUCAUCAUUAAAUCAUCCAUUAAUUGGUGAAAUGGUUUUCGAUAAAUUCAUUAAGAAGGAGGAAGAAGAGGAAGAACAACAAGAAUCCAUCCCGAUGAAUGAAUUCCUAUCAUUGAAUGAUUCUGAUUUCAAUAAUAAUGAAUUAGACUCUGCUGUAGUGGAUGCUUUCUUCUCAUCAACUUCUGAUUCCACUCCAAUGUUUGAAUUCGAAUCCCUAGACGGUACUAAUAAUGAUAAUGAUCCAAAACAAUGGACUUCCUUAUUUGAUAACGAUAUCCCAAUCAUCACUGAAGAAGAUGUCGUUUUAACUGAUAAGGCCGUUGAAUUGACUCAUGAUCAAGUCUCUUCUUCUCUAUUAAAUACUGAAAAUUUUACUAUUCAAAAACAUGAGCAACAACCUAUGCCUGAAAAAGCUAUUAACACCAUGUCUUUCUUACCUACUCCAAUGAUUGAAGAGGCAAAAUUAUCUCAAACUAAUAACAAUAAUAAUAUGAAGAAACAAGGUAAAGUUAGUAAGAAGAACAACAAUUCUUCCUCACCUGGUGUUAAAGUCGAUCACUUAGGUGUUGUUGCUUAUAAUAGAAAGAAUCGUUCUGUACCAUUAACCCCAGUGGUGACUGAAUCUGAUGAUCCUGUAGUAUUGAAACGUGCAAGAAAUACUGAAGCUGCAAGACGUUCAAGAGCAAGAAAAUUACAAAGAAUGAAUCAAUUAGAAGAAAAAGUUGAAGAAUUAUUAUCAAGAAAUUCUGAUCUGGAAAACGAAGUUCAAAGAUUAAGAAAUUUAUUGGAUGCUCAAAGUAAAUAA